AUUAAUGAGGCUAUCUAAAUAUAUUGGCAGAAUCCUCUUGGCCAUCUUGUAUGUACAUGCAGGAUUCUCUUAAUUUUUUCAUUAAGAUUCCUACAUCCACUAUGUUAACAUACGAUACCCAGUAUUUUAUGCAUAUGCAAAAAAUCUAAUUGGAUCACCCUUAGAGAAUAUCGAAACAUUUGUAUCAAAUAACUUAAUAAAUAAGAAACCAGCUAAUUUUAUUCAAUACACACCAAACAUAAUCCUCGGCUUUGGUAUAACAUAGACAUUGCUUGGAUUUGCUGUUGGAAUAGGAUUCCAAAAGGCUGGGUAUUUGCUAGCAUUUCUAACAGUGAUAAUUACUGGAUAUGCUCACAAUCCUUUAAUUUACUCAAAAUAAGUGUAUUUGAAAAUUAUAAUUGUUUAUUAGGGAUAUUGAUAGAGAAUAUCUGUAAAUAAUUUUUAAUAUUGGAAUCAUAGGAGCUUUAUUUUUAGUUCGCAAAAACAAAAGUAGUAAAAAUUUGAAUGCUAAGAAUGCAGCGUAUUAUAUAAUUUAUUUUAGUGAAUCAAUUGGAGAAGAGUAGAAAAAACCUGAAUAACCUCAGCAAUAAAAUAAGGAGACAAUUCCCCAAGGGAAUGCAAAAAAAGCUAAAGGAAAGGCUUUAUGA